UAUUGUAGUGUAAUAGUAAUUAUACAUUUUUUAAAAAGUGCAUCGGGCAAACGGGCAAGAAAAUAAAAAACAGAUACAUGGAACAUAGAAGGACAUUUAGGGAAUCAAAAUCAAAAACCUAGUUGAAAGCCUAGCAAUAUAUAAACACAACACAUUCAGCACGAUUAAACUCAAGAAAACACAAAAUUACAAACAUCAUACCAUGCAAAACAGUUCACCAACUUCAGAACCGACCAGGACAAACUAUAAAAAGCCACUCUAAACAGUCAAAGUCGAAGAUAAGAGCGACCCACUCCAUUAUUAAAAAGGACCCGACUAAACGAAGACCACUAAGAUAAAUGAUGUGUCCGAAACAUGUCUGACAGACCGAAACAGCGAAGAUAGGCCAGACGAGAACGAUCAGAAACCACUAAACCACCUCAAGAUAAAAUCUGACAUUAUUUGUUUAUAAUGAAAGUAUAGUAUAAUAUUAUAAAUUAUAGGGGUCGAUAAUCGUUUCAAUAAAACUACGAAUUUAUUAACAUGAUAUAUUAUAUUUAUUCUAUAACAUGUUUCACGCACGAUCACUUCCAUUUUUGUCAAAUUGACUGUUAAAGUAAUGUAAUGCAAUUUUCAGCGCCUCGCAAAAGUUUUUUUCUGGUCUCAAUACCCACAAGCCUAAAAUCGUCUGCGGUACCUAUACAACGGUAAUUGAACCUAGAUGACAGUGUAACUGCCAAAAAAGAUUGGCAUUCGCCCUAAUAAUUUUGAAAGUUAUUUGAACACUUGUUCCCAUUUUCUUUUCGCUGUUUAGGCCUUCUUUCAUUUCAAUUGAGACAUUGUCCAACCAAAUCAUCGCGUUCCAAGCUAAGAAUGUUCACCUAUUAUUUUUAAGUAGGGUUGACUUAAAAAUGAUUUUAUUUUUUGUUUUAUUUAAAAGCUUGAGAAUUUUUUAAUUACCUUGUACAUCUAACAAGCUUAAUAAUAUAAAAAUGGAUAAUAUAACAUUUGGAAUUUGUACACGAAGAUUUUCUCAAACAAUAGCAUCAUAUAAAUACUGAAGUACUUAAUGUUUUCUAUUUUGUUAUAUUAAACUAAAAUAUGUUAAAUACAGUUUGUUUGCCUUUUGUUUCUAGCCCUUGCUACGAAAUAUCAGUUUGUAUAAUUUAAUUAUUUGGAAAUAGUAGAUAUUUGAAAUAAACCCUAAUGCUGAUUCCUAUCUGAACAUAGGGGUAAGUGUUUUUGUUUUUACUUUUCUUUUGCAAAUACAUCAUUUUAACUGUGACUAUCUGAACCAAUUCAAAACAAAGUAAUAACCCUGAAAUUGUAUUUGUACCAUAAAUAGGUUCCAUGCCCCGAGGUCUUGCUGGUCGAUGGCCAACGUGCGGAUUUAAGAGAUCUUUUUUAUCAACGUCCUUUACAAAUCCCAAAAAACCUAGGGCCAUUCAGUGUAAAAUACAUUUUAAAUUGCUUCUUUUUAUCUAAAAAACUACUACGACAACUACUAGUUUUUUCUUUUGGCGAUGCUAAACCUCGCUCCUCCCUAGACUUUAAAAAAAAUAAAUCUCUCCCUGGUUUAUAUGCACAUUAAAACAUUCGAGAUAAUUUACUGCUGCCACAGAAAACUAUUUUUUAUCUAUAACAAAUCUUAAACAUUUUGUUUCUAUUUGAUAUUGACUUUUUAUGGUGAACAUUGAAUAUUAUAAAAUCAAAUGGGCUUUAUUGGUGUGCAAUCAUGAUCAAUUAUUUAUUAGUUGGGAUGAUUCUUAUCAGUUUCUUUGCGAUCUUAUCUUUCAGAUUUUUAUAUAUUGACAGUACAUUCUGAAAGGAAAAUCUUAAUAAAAUAUGUUCGUUGGUCGUUCUCAUGUUCACGUAGUCCUGUACUUUGUUGGUAACCAGUGUACUUCCCACUUUGUGUAUGUCAUGCUGUUUUAUUAAGACCAUUACUCACUAUUCAAGUGGCGUAGAUACGAGGGCAGGGUGAGAGAUAGGUCAGGAAUGAAUAGGGGUCAUGUUUGUUUUUCUGCGCGCAUCUUUUGUAGCUCGACGUUUAAUUGAAUAAGAUCUGUGCCAGGCUCGUGCUCGAUGGCCGUCAGUGAUGAUCGUGAGAUGCAGCAUCGUGUCUCUGUACGGAUGAUUGGGGCAGUCCAUGACGCUUGAUUGCUCACUGGUGUUUACAAGGUCGAAUGACGUUGGCCAGUGUGUCUUGGCUAAGUGUUAACACAGCGUUCACAAUAUUACGUACAUUAAUUCCGACAGAACCACCUGAUAGGAAGCUGUCCAAAAUUGAGACUUUACGACUUGCAAGCAGUUACAUUCAACAUUUGACAUAUCAGCUUAUUGCAGAACCAAUGGACAGCCCGUGUGCAAAACUCCAGAGCAAGCAAUGGACAAAAAAAGACAAAAGGUCAAGUCUGUGCACUUUCUGUCUCACUAACAUUAAAAAGCAGAAACUUAAAACUGCAAAUAAUGAUUAUCAACAUGAAACUCAGCCCAUUUUAGAAGAGCCUAUGGAUUUGAUUGAUCAAAACUACCUUAUGUAUUCCCACCAAUAAACAUUUUUUAUGAAUUUAAAACUUUUUUAAAAUUUCAGAUGAAGAUAUGAUUCAAUCAAAUGGAAAUCAAACAAACAAUUUUUUUAUAUUCAAUAAAAAGUCAAAUUGAAAUGCAGAGGAAUUAUAUAUUUAUAGACAUUUAAAGUGUAACGCAUUAUCUCUACGAUAAAAGGAAUUAUGACAAAUAUACACAACCAGUUAAUUUCAAAAGCUAAACCGAAAAUCACAGCUUUAUUAUGCACUAACACUCUACUUAUUAAAAAAACAUUUUCAAAAUUAUAUUUAAUUUGAAAAUUAACAAUAAAUAAAAUCAAUGUAUUACUAGUAACCUACACAACUAAUGUACACUAUUUUAAAACACACUUGAAAAACAUCAACAACUAUUUAUUCAUGUUAAACACUAUUUAGCAAUCCAUUCUUUUCCACAUAUGGAGAUUUAUUUUUUAGAAAUUAAUUUAAAAGAUUUAGAAUUUAAGAUAAAAAUCCAUGUUUAAAAAAAUAUAACUUCCAUUGAAAAUAUUACAAGAAUAAAAUAUUAACAUAUUUGUCUACAAAAAUAGUUAAAAUCCAAAAUAGAAAUGUUAUUUUUUAAUUAGAAAUAAUUUAUUCUAAAAAUCCAAUUAUAUGUAAAACAAAGACAAAUUUGACUAAAAACAAUUUUUGCUUUCUUUUUUUAAUUCUCUCUUCCCCUGGCUUUGUGCAUACACAUAUGCCAAAACAUUACAUUUCAACAAUUAAUACAUUCAUCACAAUAAACAUUUCUUCUUUGUACGACAAAAUACUAUAUAAUUAUUAAUAGGUGUAUAUAUUUAUAUAAAUAUAUUUAUUCGGAAAAUUUUAUGAAAAUAAUGGAGUUAAUGUUACAAAACAAAACUUCAUUUGCGCAAAAUGUUUCAUAAGAUACACACAAGAGAUGUACAAUUAUAAUUAUAUUUUGUAUCUUUUAUGUAUAAUAGGUAACUGAUUAAAUACCUAACUACUUAUAUACCAGAAGUUCCUUUGGUUUCAAUAUUAACAAGCAGUUUAAUUAUAUUAUUUUUUUGGCAAAUAAAUACUGAUGAACACAAUAAAUAAGCUUUGUUGUACUCAUAACGUUAUAAGCAUGAGAUUAUACAAUUAUACCUCCAAUUCUGGAGUAGGAAAAAUUGAAAACAUAUUUACUAUUGGAUAAAUAUGGUGAUUAUAAGCUUCCACAACCAGAUUAUAGCAAUAAUGAAAUUUUCAACAACUCAGUUUCAUUAUAAUGCAAUUAGAUGCAUGCUGUGCUUGUUCAAAUUGAUUUUGUAUCCCACAUUAAACUUUAUCCUCUCUCGUCUUGUCUUAUUUGUACAGUUAUAUAAUAAGUACCAAUCAAUUAAAAGCCAUUUGAUAUCUUUGGAAAAGAAAAUUCAGGCCAUUAUUAUGCACUAAAUACAAGAAUUCUAGAUAGUAGCAAUUUGUAAAUUAAAUUAAACAAGCUAAUACAUUUUGACUGAAUAUAAGAUAUGCUUUGGUUUGGUAUGUAAUUAUUACAUUUAGUUAACUAAAUUUGUACUAUUUACUGUUCUCAGAAAAUUUUAUAGAAGAAAAGACACAAAA